AGUAAAAACACUGCAGCAGCAUUCAGACUGAAGCUUCCAGACUCUCAUGGUUCAGACUGACGCUCAGCUCUCCUUAGUGACCACACACACACACACACACACACACACACACACACUCACGCACACACACACACACACACACACACACACUGUCCAGCAGAGGACAGAAAAAAGAGUCUGAUCGACUCUCAUCAUGUUAAUUGUUACCUGAUCAGCUGAUGGAGACGCUCUGUUGCCAUGGAAAUUUUUAACCAUUUAGGAAAAUGUGAAAUUGAUCCUGCAGAGGUCACAGUGUGCUGGACUCAGGUUCUGACUCGACAUUGGAUCGGUCCUCGGUGGACCUGGGACAGGACUUGGACUUGAGGGUUUCUGGUCAUUCAGGAGAUUAAAUGAAGUCUCUUCACUUGGGGGACCAGAUGAAGUGAUGAGUUAUUAUGAGAUGAAGUGAUGAGUUAUUAUGAGAUGAAGUGAUGUUGCUCAGUAAGUGUGUGUUGUGUGUUCCUGCUGUUAUUCCUGAUUAUAAAUGUUUAAAGAAUGAUUGAAAAUGUCAAAAUUAAUGAAACCAUAGUUGUCUCAGCUUCUUCAUUUCAUCUUGACAGCAUUUAAUUCUUUUUUAACUCCGAGCUAAAAAUGUCUCUAGAUUUUAUUUCGGAAAUUUGUUCACUUUAGUGUAAAUACUGAAAGUUAGAAAUCCUCUGACGGUUUUUAUGGGACUUUUAUUUAGAGACUCACUAGAAAAGAACAAGUCUCUGCACUCAGCAUCUGAACAAAUGCAAAUUUCGUCAAUAAUUCAGACUGCAGCAGCCGAGGGGAGAUGCAGGCAGGCUAGAAAGAGAGCAAAAUAUGGGCCUGUGCAGAGGAAGCAAGCAGACAAGGAAAAGGGCAAAAUUUGUGAAGGUGGAAGAGCAGCAGAAGGUAAGUAAAUGUAACAAAGUUAAAAAUGUGUUUUAUAAAUAAGUGUAUUUUGAGAAUUUAAUGUAAUUCUAGUUUUUAUUUGUGAAUUUUAUCUUAAUAAGUUCCUCGACUGUUUGUUCACAUUAAUGGUUCAGAUAAUAACAAUACUGGCUUCUGUCCCUCUUGGGCUUCCGUAAAUAAACAGUAAAUCGAUCAACUUCAUCAAUACAUAAAUGUUUGGAGUUCAUGUCAGACGGAUUUAAAUAUUUAUUGUUUUAAUUUCAACACGCUGACCUGAACUCGAGUUUUUCUGUCCUACUCAGUCAACACUUUGACUCAUCGCCAUGGAGACGGACACACUGUUAACCACUUCCUGUGAUCACAAUGUAGUUAAACACACACACACACACACACACACACACACACCCUCUGUGUCUGUUUUUCUUUCUGAUGCCCCCCCACACACACACACCACAAUCCGACAUUUUUGUGACCAAAAUAAAAAAUAAGAUAAAAAUAAAUAAAUCAAACUGCGACAAAGUUUACAAUCAAUAAACUGAUGAAAAUUUGUAUUUUCUACUGGCAGGAACAAAAACUUCAUUUCUUACAUGUAAAAAGUUUUAAAAGUGUCACUUUAAUAAAGCAGUAAAAUAAAAUAAAAUAAAGACGUUAGAUUUAGUUUCUGAAAUGGUGAUGGAGAUCAUUCUGCAGAGAUUCUUCAGCCCAACAAUCCAGAUCUGUUAGAAAAUGUGAAGUUGGCGAUUUGUCGUCAGUCAGUUUGUGAGUUUUCUUUAAUCUUUGAUUCAGAGUCUGCAGCUGGAUGAGGAUCUUUUGUUACUUUUAGUUCCUGGUACUUUUACUGCAGUGAAGACCUGUAAGCGCCCCGUCUGUGUCUGUUUGAGUUUCAGGAGUUUGAUCUGCAGGAAGUGGGCGGCAGCAAAAGCCUCAGCUGAACCACAGAAAGCCAUCGCUCUCACCAAAUCGAAGAGGCCAUCAGGUGACCUCAGAUCAGGGUUAAAACACUCUGCAGAGGCUGCCACACCCGAUAGGACAGAGUUAUACACUCGCCACACCUGAAAGGACAGGGUUGAACAAACGCCACACCUGACAGGACAGGGUUAAACAAUUGCCACACCUGACAGGACAGGGUUAAACACUUGCCACACCUGACAGGACAGGUUCAAACACUUGCCACACCUGAUAAGACGGGGUUAAACACUCGCCACAUCUGAUAGGAGGGGUUUAUCUCAGUAAUUUCUCACAUUUCCUCAGUUAUCUGAUUUGACCUUAAAAACCGUGUAAGUCAUGAUUUACUCUGCGGGUGGGGGUGGGGGGUGUUAAAAUAAAGAAGCCUAGAAUAGAGUUCGGAAAAAAAUGUGUGUGUGAUGAUUAAGAUGAAGUGAGUCCCAAGAAUCACACUCAUACACACACAGUGUGUUCCAGUCUCAUCAUGGAUGUUUGGCUUAUCUGCAGCACUUUGAUUCUGUUGUUACCUGUAAGAGAAGGUGAGGAAACACACACACACACACACACACACACAUACACACACACACACACACACACACACAUUGAAGAUGCAGUGCUGUACCUCGUCCUUGUGUCUUUAGUCUUAUUGUUUUUGAGUUUCCUCUUUUUUGUCUCAGCUGAUUUUCAGAGAAGAAAACUGUUAAUGUUUAAUCUGGAUUAAAAGUUAAAUCUGGAUUAAAUGUUCAAUCUGAAUGAAUUGUUAAACAUGGAUUAAAUGUUAAAUCUGAAUUAAAUGUUGAAUUUGGAUUAAACGUUAAAUCUGGAUGAAAUGUUUAAUCUUUAUUAAAUGUUAUAUCUGUGUGAUUGGUGGUUAGGGUACAGAGGUAGAACAUCUGCCUCUGUCUAAAGGGGAUGGUCUUAAGAUCUAAAAAUUAAUCUGAAUCUCAAAUAACUGAAUGAAUUAUUUUAACCUUUUUGUUUUUACUGUGUUUAUGAAACCGUCUCCUGUUCAGCUUAUAAAAUCCUUCCAAACAUGACAUUAAUCUGAUUUUAGGUUUUAACUUUUGAUGAACAUGUUCUCAGUCCGACCAACAAAAGCACAUUUAUAACAGGAUCGAUAACACUGACAUCAGUGUUUAUAUGAGUUUAUAACAGAGUUUAUAACAGUGUUUAUUACAGCAUUUAUAUCAGUUUAAAUGAGUUUAUAACAGUGUUUAUAACAGGAUCUAUAACACUGACAUCUAUGUUAUAACUGUGUUUAAAUGAGUUUAUAACACUAUAUAUAACAGCAUUUAUAACAGUGUUUACAACAGCGUUUAUAAGAGUGUUUAUAACAGUGUUUAUAACAGUGUUAGUGUCAUUCAAUUUCCUGUUAUACUCAUUCAAACCCUGCCGUGCUAACAGGCUUCCUCCACUCAGAGUUCAGAGGAUCAGUGUUGUUUGUGUUUUUUUUUUUCAGUCAAAAUUAAUAAUCUUCAAAUCUUGAGUCUAAAAAUCAUUCCUGAUUUUCUUCUCUGCCCUCCCAGCCGCCCUCGGCUCUGGAGACGAUGGCUGGUCUAUGAACGUGCAGUCGGAGGUCAGAGCCAUCGAGGGUUACCCUGUGGUGCUGCCCUGCACCUUUAGCCACCCCCAGCAUUCCCAGCAUUCCUCACUGCAGGUGCUGUGGCGCCUGGGCCACGGACAGAGCGCCACGGUCCUGUACCGCUGCACCAGCCACUCAGGGACCACCACCUGUGAACCGGGACCCCAGCAGGACCAACGCUACCGGCUCGAGGGGAACCCAAGGGAGCAUGACCUGUCACUGCGGAUCAACAGCGCCACCCUACAGGACAGCGGGCGCUACUACUGUCGAGUGGAAAUCCUGGGACGAGAACAUAUCAGCUUCGAGGACAAGAUGGGAACCAAACUACGGGUGGAGAGUAUGAGUAAAAUACAUUUAUGACCUGUAACAUUUACAGACACAUGCUCAUUCACGUACUGUCCUUUAGUUGCUGAUUGAUCUGAUCAUUUGUGCAUGUGGUUGCCACAGACUGAACAAAAAAAGAGACUCUGAAACACUAAGAACUGACUCCAAAGUCGAAGUGAAAUAAACACUUGUCAAACACGGUUUCUGUCAGUGUAGUUUGCUCUUGUUACGCUGUUUUCUGUCAAAGUUUUCAUUUUUUUAGUUGAGAUAGAAAAUUUGAUGUUGUAAAGGGGAGUAAUGUCGUAACAGAUGAUCAUUUAAAUGCUGAUUAGACUUUUCUUUAUCUCCAAAAACAAUCUUUUCCAGCAGGGGGCGCACUCAUCUCUGUCCCUCUUCUUCUUGCAGCUCCUCCAAAGAUCAUCGCUCUCAUGGUAGAGGGUACGGAGCGGUCUGGCUUCAGCGCAGUGUGUCGGGUUCUGGGCUCCCCGCUGCCUGAUGUACAGUGGUUUGGCCUGGAUGACCUUCUGGAAGGUUCUGUGUUAGGCCCGCUGGCUCAGGGCACCCAGCCUCAUUCCUACCAGACCAUCAGCCAGCUGAGGGACGUCGAGCCAGGUCAGCAGUAUACCUGCAGUGCCUCCAACCCACUGGGUCGAGAACAGGCCACCCUGUAUGUGCUGCCCCCCCGACCUCCAUUGUCAGUGGGCGGGGCCUCACCUCCUCUUGUGCUUCUCCUUUCCCUGUCUCUGGGGGCAAAGGUCAUCCUGCUCGUGGUGUGCAUGGUGCAAGGAGGAGCUCUGCAGGUGGUCAGCUGCUGGUGGAAGUGAACAGCUCUCAUCUCCUGAAUCGCUUCUUCCUUUAACUCUAUUUUCACAAAAACUCAUUUCCUCAUAUAUUCUCAUUUUAGAAAAACUCAUUUCCUUGUUUAUUCUCAUCUCACAAAAACCCACUUUCUCUUUAAUUCUCAUUUUACAAAAACUCAUUCUCUCAUAUAUUCUCAUUUUAUGAAGUGUAAACACUUUCUAAUUUCUAUAGGAACCAAAAUCUAAGCAACCAAACCAGAUCCAAGUAACCAGAUUUUUAGUAACCUGACUCUAAGUUACCUGAUUCUAUAUUACCUGACUCUAUUAGGCAUGUAACAAUUCGCUCAAGUCACGAUUCAAUCCGAGUCACAAAUAUUAGGUUCACGAUACGAUUUUUCACGAAACUAUUUCCCAGAGAAAUUACUUGAUUUUCUUUCUUUUUUUUUAUUUCUCUGACAAUACAGUAUUUUUUUCUUCUUUCUUUCACAAUAACAACACUGUUUUUCCUCUUUCAACAAUUCAGUAUUUUCUUAUUUCUUUCAAAAAUAACAUUGGUGUUUUUCUUUUAUCUUCUACUAAAUAAAUAUUGUAAUGGAAAAUGACAGGAGGUAGCAUCUAUCAUUUCUCUCGUACACAAAUACUGUAUCAAAGCCAUUUUCAAAGGCAAGUGCACUAUGCUUUUUCAAUACUGUAGCAGCAUAUAAGGCAGGUAAACCAAAACUGUUAUAGAACUCUUAAACUUUAUAACCCUCUGUAAACUUAAGAAUUGCCCUUUUCCUGAGGUAAGCCUACUGUUGGCCAGUUACUAGGCACUUACAGACUUUUUUUUGGUCUUCACAUAAAAGGAAAUGGUUUCAAAACAAAGUUGGUCAGUGAGGCACUUACAGACAUUAGUUUUCUGUGUCUUCACAAAAAUGAAAGUUUCACAAUAAAUUCCUGAUAAAAUAAAGAAUAACUUAAAAUAUAUAUUUGCCUUGCCAAAAAUAAAAAUUCAAACACACAAAAUAAAAUCUCAAAACAAACUGGUCUUAGUCACUUAUUCUUUGGAGUUUACAUUACCACUUUCAUGCCAAUUUUUUUUUUCAGGAAUACCAGUCGAUCUACAUUCUCAGGCAGCAGCUGAGCUCUUGCUGCCGUUAUGACAUCCCCUGGUGUUGAAAAGACUCUCUCACUAGGGACAGAGGUGGCUGGUAUGGAGAGAAAGAUGCCUUCCUGAUAUAGAACCACUCAUUAUAUUAUUGUUAUUAAUAAAAUAUUAUGUUUGUUCAGCAUCAGACAGCUUAAUACAUUAUUUGAUUAUUUUCAGCAUUAGAAAUAGAGAUUAUUAUAUGAGUAAAUAAAUACCUGGUUAAACUGCAAAGCUUUCUCCUUCAGCCUGCGGAAAACAUCCCGGCGAUGUACUUCAUCCAGAUGAGGCAGGUUGAGGAAUCUGGUGUCUAAAGCGGUGUACUCCACUAGGUACUCCAACUCCUCUGUGUACCUGCUGGACAGGUUUGUGAGGAUGUCUCUCUUCAUUCUGGCCACUGUGGAUGUAUCUUCUUCACUGGGUUGCAUCUUAAUUUCAAUCCCAUGCUUUAAGGGCGAAGUGAGAGAGACAGUGGGUUUUUUUUCAUCCAUCAUCACAGUGGUUGCCUUUUUCAGGGGUUUCAGAAGCUCCACCAUGUCAGUUACAUCUUGUAGGUCUGAGUUACUCAGUGUAUCCAGAUUGCCAGCAUUUUUUUGGAUUGAGUCAGUGAGGAGAGUGAGUGCAAUGGCUUCUCUUAGUUCCAGGUACCUUUCCAGCAUAUCCAGAGUGCUGUUCCAGUGCGUUGUGACAUCAAUGAUGAGCUUCUUAGGUUUCUUCUUUUUCUUCUUCAUUGCGUCACCAGUGUCCCCGUCACCAGUGCCCUCGUCACCAAUGUCGCCUUCACCAGUCUCCCCGCCGCUGUUGUCAUCUGCAAGCUCUUGAGCAAUCAUCAGUUGUUUCUGUUUGGCCAGUAACACAGCAGUUGCUGUAGGGCUUCGGUGGAAGAAGGCCACAACACGCCUCACACAAUCCAGUAGGCGAUCAACAGCAUUUACUUUCAGCCCCGCUUUCGUGGCCAAGUUUAGAGUGUGGGCAAAACAUUUAACAUGGGGGGGAACCCGUCUGCCUCUCUCACCGCAACCUCCAUGUUGCUCGCGUUGUCAGUCACUAUGGCGAUGUCAAGAUUACCUCGUCUUAGAUUCCAUUCCGUGAAUGCAGCUGUCAGAACUUCACUAAUGUUGACACCAGUGUGUGCCUCGUACAUGGUGCGAGUUUGGAGAACAUGAUUUGCGAUGGUCCACUCGCUUGUAAUACCAUGGGCUGUUAUCGUGAUGUAGCUCUCCGUUGCCCUGGAUGUCCAGCUGUCUGUUGUUAUUGAAACGUAAUCUAGGUCUUGGAGGGUCUUGAUCACGUUUUCUUUUGUGUCGUCGUACAGUGCUGGUACCAAUUUAUUGCUGACAGGAUACGGUAUCUUGGCUCGAACUUAUUUAUCAUGUACCGAAAACCUACGCCAUCCACGGUAGCGUACGGCUUCAUGUCUUUGGCCAUCAUGUAAGCAAUGGACUGGGUCAGCGCUGUUGCUCGUUGCUCCCUCCGGGCGAGGGGGGCUUCGGUGGACAACGUGGAUUGGCCUGCGAUCAAACGUUUCUUUGGGACAUCUGAAGGGGGUGACUGUAGCUUCUCAUACUUGUCUUUAUGGUAGCGGGAUAAAUGCUGCAUCAUGUUGCUUGUGUUGGUUUUGUAAGGAACCUGUAUCUUGCAAUACCUGCAGAUGGUGUGUUUCUUAUUGAUUACCUUUUCGCCGUUUUCUUUUGUAGUUCAAGGAAAUCCAAAAUGCUUCCACACUUCUGAUUUAAAAGUGACCGGAGCUGGCACUAUCUCCACAUCACUGGGUUCGACCACCCCCGCCAUGUCUCUCGUUUUCUUUUCUCUUUAUUUUCUUCCCGUGUCUCUCUCUUCUCUUUGCAUUCGCAUCUCUCCAUUCAUGUGAGUUGUUGUAUUUUACAAAACAUCCCCAUGACGCUCCUCUUUUUCCCUCCUUUUCCUCUGUAACGAGACAACUGCUUUCUGCUAUCCACAUUGAAUCCACCCCUCAAAGGAAUGCAGGCUCCCCUGGUUUGGAUAGGAAAUGGGGGAGAAACGGUUUGCACACCAAGUUCCCAUUUACGACCCAGGAAACCAUUUGGGAGGUGAUAGUGAAUUUUUAACGCUUCCCAAAAAGGACAAGUUGCUUAUCAACCACACAGACCCAUAAACACGGAGUCUCUCACCCUGGCUGGGAAAGAUCAGAAUUGACACUUCAGGAUUAACCCAAUGACCUAAAAGGGAAAACAAGCCAGUUGGCGCCAAAUCCGAAAAACCAGAUACCGGCCAUAAAAUUCCUUGGCUUUCUUUACAGAGCAGAAGGAAGAGGAUGCCUGAAAAUGGUUUAACUUCAUGUUUAAUGGACACUUCACCAGAAUUUUCUGUCUGUACACCACAUUCCUAAUGAAAUGGUCUUUUUCCCAAUUCUGUAACAUAUCCACAAGCCAAACUGUUAACUUCACAAAUUUAUUCCAGGUUUUCCAUGGACCAAGAGCUCCUCCUAGUGGUGAUGCCUGAAUAUGGUUUGAUCAGAGCCAAAUGGCAGGGAUCUAAUCAUGUGUAUUUCUUACCUUUUGUUUUACACGCUUCGUAGCUUAGUAAAUGGUAUUCCCGAGAUAGGCUAGUAGUUUAGAAGUAGUAACGUGAAACUCGUUUAAACUCAAGUUAAGAGUUUCUGAAUGUAUCCAUACUAUGCUUUUGUCUACCUCACACAAAUAUAUAUAUUAAUCAUCUAUGAAGCAUGAUUGACAAGGUUAUAGUGUUGUCAAAUAUUAUUACGGACGUGUUUCUUAUGCUGGAUGGUGUUUCUGUUCGAAUAGAUAAUUUGUUUUCUGUCCCUCUCUAACUUUUAAAAGUCGUUAAUCCUCUGUUUUGUUUUAUCAAGAAGACGGCUGAUCAAAAGUUUACUGUUUUCAAUGUCAUGCUUUAAUGCAUCUGCUCAUAAGAAACAAUGAAGUGAAAUGUGAUCGUAUGUGAUGUUACAAACAGUUUAAUCAUAGUGAGUGAGUAAAUUAGAUCUAGCUCGCUUUUGCUAUCAAGUUGAGUUAAUUCACUGCCAGUCGAUGGGCUGCAUUGGGGAGGUCCCCCCCUUUUCUCAUCUUUGGUUCACGCCUACGGUGAAUCGCUUAAAAGAGUUGAGAUUUUGCCGCCUCUUUAGUCUUGUUUUAGUUUUUGUCUUGUUUUUCUUCAGUCUAGUCUUGUUUUGUUUUAAUCUAGUUUGUCUUCUUCGUAGUUUUCUUUGUCUCCAUCUAUAGUUCGCAAUUUUCCCUGCGUUUUUAUUAAUUGCCUUAAGCUCAGAUUUUUGUUCUAAACUUGGAUGAAAUCAUCCCCAAGUCCUUAAAGCCUCAGUAACAAGCUGCGCGCAUAAGAUAACCUCAGUCUAAGUCUUUUUAUUUAUUUUUGUUCGCUAAAGUGACUCCUGAAGAUAAUAUCGGCUGGCCAGCGAAAUUAUUUUCUUAAGUUAUUGGCGCGAAUUAAUCUGCAACUAAGCUAGUCCUGAACGCCGACCAGCAUCAUCUGCCAAGCUGCUUUGCCACCUGGUUCCGAGAGGCCCAGAGAUCCGAAGUAUCUAACGGCGCUGACACGGUCCUGAAGCUGAGAUCCAAACACGGCGGAAGAACUCCCCGCCGAACCUUCAGUAUCCGGUCCGGUAGCCACAGAACUUCAGCUGAUCCAUCCCAAGAGUGCCGCUGAGAACCGACGUCCAAAGUAGGCUAAAUCCUCGAAAUUGCUGUGAUUAGAACUGGGUGAUGCCGUCAACCGUUCAGUAGCUUAUUCUCAUAAGUUAUAGUUUAGUUCUCCAAAUUCCUUUUUAAUUUACCCUCGUAACUCCGUUAACGUAGGUCAAAUUUCCCCUUUAUUCACUCACUAUUAUUAACCUCCAGUCUUAGGUUUAAUUUAAACCAUUCCUUCGUUUAUUCAUUAGAUGUGCUUUGAUUUGCUCAUUAUUUGAUCAUCAUUUAUUGACGUUUUGUUAUCAUAUAGCUUGUUAAUAAAUUGUCCAUUUAAUUUUAA